AUGUUUCUAGUUCUUGUGUUUUACUUACCUACUCUAGUUUUAGCUCGUAUUGGUCAUUCAAAACAAAGUUAUUGUUUGGAUGAAAUCAAAAGUGGUACACUUUCACUUGGAUGUCCAAAUAAUCAAUUGAUAAAAUUAGGACGUAUUAUAUAUGGUUAUUCAUGGUCAAAUGAUUGUUCAUUUAUUGAUAAAGAUUGUACGAUGGAUGUACCGCGAGAUGAUAUUAUCUGUUUAACAACUACAAAUUGUACAGUUCGUGUUGUUGAACAUCCAUUAAUCUUACAAGAUUGUUGGAAUUUAGCUGCAUCUUAUGUACAAGCAGAAUUUGAAUGUAUUGCAGAAUAUUCACUACAGAAUGUUUGUCAACCUCAAGAUACAACAUUAACAUAUGGUUUUCUUUCAACACCAAAUUAUCCACAUGGUUUCUCAUCAAAUCUUAAUUGUCCAUGUGCAUUAUUUGCUUCACCAGGCUAUGCUAUUGUACUUGAAGUUAUUGAUUUUCGUUUACCAACAUGUGCUGAAGCUGGUCUUAUUCUAUGGCUUGGACAAGAUUUUCAAACAAAAUGUUUAACACAAGAUCCACUAACUGUAGUUAGUAAUAUUCAACAAAAUGUAACACUUCGUUUUUAUACAUUAGCACAUGUUAAACAUGGUGGAUUUUUAAUCAAAUAUUCUGUUUUACCUGUAUCAAAUAAUGCAACUGUACGUUUACAAUGUUAUGUUGCACCAGCAGUUAGUCGGUCACCAAUAGCACAAAAUUUUCCAAUAGAAAAUAUGCCACAACAGCCUUCUUUACAUGUUCCUAUUACGAAUAAUGAAAUGAAUCCUCCUAUUGAUCAAGGCAGAGGAAACGGAGGAGAAGGAGGAGAAGAUAGAAUUGAAGGAGGAGAAAUACCAUUUCCAUCAUUAGUUGCAACUCAUUCAAAUGAUUUAAUAAAACGAUUUCCAUCCGCACAUGAUGGUGCUCCGCCUAUUCUUGGGAUACUUGAAGAACAUAAAGAUAAUACGGCAUUGGCUGGUGUUAAUAAACAACAACAACAUCAAAUUCAAGGCCUUAAUCGAACAAUUUAUAAUCAAUAUUUAUUUCCUAAUUCAACAUCAUUUCGUCGUACAAGUUUGACAUCAAUUGUUGUUAGUGUUAUUGUUGGUGUCAUUUUUCUUCUGGUCAUGAUCAAUGCUCUGAUAUGGUUCAUUUUUUCGUUGCGACCAAGCCGUUCCAAAUCGACUACGUCUUUUCGAAAUUUAUAUCCUCAUCAUCCACCGACAAUAAGCAAUGAAACAAAAACAACAACAUCAGCAUCAGCAUCAGCAUAUCCAACACCAUUGCAUCCUCGUCGUUUUCAUUCACAAUCAUCCGUACGUCUUGAUGAUUCAUCAAUAAUGUCAGAUCAUUUAAUGCGUCGCGAUCGAAUAUUACCUCAAGCAGCAGCAACAAAUCGUUUAAAAACUCUUCGUUCAUUAAUAUUUCGUGGUCAUAGAACUCUGGGAAUUGAUCCAAUGACAAUCAAUAAUCAACAUCUUCAUCACCAUCAUCGGCGGCAGCAACAACAACAACAGCCGCAUCAAAAUAAUCGAGAUCUUGAUUCAACAUUAUCUGGAUAUCAUAUACGUUCAAUAUCACAAUCAUUAACUGAAUCUCAAUUGCCAAAAUCUCGUUAUGAAGAACAAGAAGAUUGUGUUGAACUUAAAUCUGAAUGUUCAAUUUUAACAAAUCGUAAUCAUGGCUUAAUGAAUCCAAUAAAAUCAAAUCAACAACCACGACAAAUCAAUUCUUGGGAUGACAUUUGA